AUGACUACCGACGUUGCACCUGGCACUAUGGAAAAUGAGACAUCUAAGGUGAUGUCUUUGAAGCAUAAAGCUGCGUAUGUGCCACCGCCCAUCCCACACGUUGAAAUGAAUCAGCUUCCGUUGUCCUUAUUGCUACGAAACUUGACAGUAUUUACCGCCAAAGAGAUAAGUCAGUUUUUCAAGCUAAACGUCCACACAGGUGGGAAAACACCAUUUGAGAAGAAACUAGAGCUACUUAAUAUGAUCCUUUUUUUGAGAAACCAAUUCUUGAAACUUUACGUCUUGGUUAAAUGGGCAAAGACUUUAAAACAGAAUAAUUUCCAUUCGCUAAUUGAUCUUUUGAAUUGGUUUAGAAAUGCUAACAUGCAAGUAAACAACUGUACUAUGGCUUUGAAGCAAAUCUUAGGAACGAUGGCUGGAGCAAAGUUACCCAAUCCAGAUCUAGCCACAUCGUUAGAAGUUUUAAUGCUUGGAAGACCGAAUUUGCCGAAUCACGGAUUUAAUUUAAACGGUAGCCAAUCCGAUAACUUGACAAUACCUAACAAACUGAUACUCAAGAGAUUGAGGGACCUAAACACAUGUUUAUCAAUUAAGAUUUCAUUGAUGACAAUUCCUUCUCAAUUGGCAAAGUAUGAAAUCAAAGACGGAAGAAUUGUUUUCACAGUAAAAGAUGAAUUUGAGUUGCAACUAUCUACAAUCGAUCAGAACUCACCGUUAUUCUUUGUGAACAUUAAUCUUCUGUUUAAUGAACGCUUGCCUUUGAACUUGGCAAGAUUAGAGAAGCAUAUCAAUGAAAUUCUAUUCAAGUCUACAAAUCCACUCUGUCUUGUUUAUCAGUUCCUUCACAAAUACAUAUUAACGUUGCAGAUGUACAUGAUUCACGUCGAACUAAAUGCAUUAGGAUUGAAUGGUAAAUAUUCAGGUGGGCAUCUGGUACACAAUUAUGAUUCUAAGAAACAAAUUAUCACCAUCAAGUAUUGGCUACAGAGCAAGAUUGCCAAUACAUGUAAGUGCGUAGUAGGCAUGGAUAAAGAAACUGAAUCCAUAGUCUUAGAAUGGCAAAACCCAGAUGUCAACAAGGAGACUGUAACCACUAGGUAUCAUGGAUUGUUGAAUAAUAUAGAAUCAAUAAUCGAUGAAAUCACUUUCAAUCAUGCUCAAAUGAUAAGAGCGGAUUUACUUAGGACAGACACCUUCCAGGAGGAUAACGAAGAUACCACUUCCACUUCUCUAUUAUUCCAGAUACCAACUACAUGUGCAACUGUUUCUCAAAUCCAGUUGAAAAUUGAUCAGGUCAGUGGUAUAUUCUAUUUCCAUAAUCCAUCUAAUCUUUUAUUGUCGUACGCUAGACAAAUUAAUCAAAGUUCAAAUACCCAAGACUUGAUCACUGUACUAGGCCGAUUGAAACUGGAUAAAGUUGAUAGCAUUCUUCGCCAUAUGUUGGACAAGACAGGCUGGAUUUGCUCUGAUGUUGUGAGGCUAAAAAGCUCUAUUGUGCCAUCGACGGACUCUACAUUCUCUAAAGACAUUUUUGUGAAACUAAAAGAUUGGCCUUCCAACUGGUUUUUGGUACUUACAAUCAUCUCAUCAACUAAUACAUGCAUAGUGGAGAAAAGAAUCGGCAAGAUACUUUCCGUAAAAGGAGUAUGGAAACUAAAAUAUAUGGAUAAGAAAAACGUAAUAACCUCCAAACUAGACACUAUGACUUAUCCGAAAAUGCUAACACUACAGAUAUCAAUUUUGAAUAAGAUUGUGAAUCACAUGAUAAUCGAUUCAUUGAAUGAGUUGAAAAUCAAAAAUAAAAUUUGUACUUUUACCACAGAGGAUAGUAACAUACUACCACCAUACAUUAUCCGUAAAGACGGGAAGGAAAAUACUGAUAAUAUUACCGUCAUAGCUCUAGGUUUGGAAUCAUUCCUAGAAGGUUCAAAGGCGUUGAACACUAUUCUAGAAUCAUCAAUGUUAUUAAAAAUAGAUUAUCAAAAGAUGGAUAUUGAAUUAUAUGGAAAGUUUAAAACAGACAAUGAAAUGAUUCGUUGUCAAUGUGACGAGCUUUCGAUAAAGUUCCUCGAAGAAGACUCGCUGUCUUUUUUCAUGAGUGAGAAUUUCGGAAACUUGAAUGAUAUCAUGCUAUAUCUAUCCAAAUUCCGAAAGAAAUUGACACAAUUGAUUGCACUCACAGAUGUGAUGGACACUUUACACAGCAACUUCCAAUCAAUGGAUUUCCGUGUUGUUGAAUUAAGACCCAAUGAAAUAAGAUUCAAAUAUUUACCGAUGAAGGAUAGCCCAGAUAAUGAAGAUUGUGUCAUCAGAAUUGUCACAAAUCAAGAAAAAGUUGAGAAACUUGAUAUCAAGCUAAGUGAACAUAAUCCACAGGCAAUGAUACAAAGGUUUUUGGAUGAAAAGGAAGGCUUUGCCCAUAACUUUAUCUUCCAUUAUUUACAAUUCACGUUACCCUUAUUCCGUGCAUCAAAAGAAGCCGAUUAUACCUCAUCUUCCCCCUCUACCGUCAAAAUGCACUUAUUCAUGCAUAGUUUGCAGGAGUUCCAUUUUCUAUAUAGGAAUCACAAAGUUGGAGGCGAAUUGUCUUUCAUUAUUCAAUUGAGAUCCGUUGUACGAACAAGACAUCAAGAAAACACGCAGUAUUUCGUCAGAUUUGCACAGGAUUACUCGCAACCACAGUUACAGCAACAACAUCCGCUAUCGAAAGCUAUUGCUGAAAUUCAAAAGAAUGCAUUCUCGUUGGCUCUAUUGAAGGAACAGAAUUCCAAUACUACAUCUAGCACCACUACCGCUGGUACUGCGACGGCAGGUGCCACCAUGAUAUCUACUGCAUCCUCCAAUAAACUUUUAGACCUCCAGGACUCCUCCCCAACAAAUGCUGCUGUAGAUUGGUCCAGUAUCAAAUGUGUCCGCUUAGGAUCGGCAUUGGCGUGUUCACACGACCAAAUUCUACCACUAUUACUACAAUUCCAUAAAUCGAUCUCAGAUUGCUAG